AGUAGUAGUAUCAGUAGAAUCGUUCAACCGUUUGAUCCGAACUUUAAAUUGUUGACAAAUCGGUAAAAAAUUAGAAAAUUCAGAACCAUAUUCCGCCCGCAACCCUAACCGUCCGCUUCGGCCACUGUUCGACUUCAAAUUACGAAUUUAAUUAACUUUAUGGUUGAAAAGGCGAACACGCACGUCCCGCUGCAAGACAACAAAAGAAUGUCUUAUCCACUGCUUUUAUUUUGCCGUUGCAAAUAAUAUACACCACACACAUAAAAUAUCCAAUGUUGAGCUUAAGCCCGAAAGUCCGCAUUCGAUUUAAUUGGACCCGUGCAAAAUUGGCCAACAUAUCUGCUUAUGUCGUUACUCUUGUUCAAUAAAUAAAUAAUUAAAAUCAAUAAAAAUGUCUAUGGUAGACAUUCGGUCUACCAGUGUUGGUAGGUGCAAUUUUUUAGUCGAAGCUUGCCAGCCCUGGACAGCUGAUAAUAACAAUAACAAGAAGUAAAUAAAUAGCAUGAGUUUUUCCGAAAACAAUUCCGACUCCGAUUGGAAGGAGGCCAGGGUAAGAGUGGCUCGAAAGAUCAAACAAGGCGCAAGGCAGGACAACGACAAGAAGCUUGGAGGAAAACCGAAGUAUAAUCAAAGGUUUUGCGAAAAGUGGCUAAACAUAUUCGAACCGUGGUUGAGGCGUUCCGACGACGAUCCAAAUAAGCCCUUCUGCCGUGCCUGCCACUGCCGCCUGGACUGCAAUCGAUGUCAUCUCGUCCGGCACGAGCGCACCACGAAGCACAAGCGAAAUCUGGAGGCCCUGAUAACCAAAGGCGAGGGAGCGAUACGAAACGAGUUGACUGUGCGGCAAGAGCGGAGUAAAUACUUCCAGAAGCGGCCCAAGCCGGCGUCACCGGAAAAGUCCAAUGUAAAUGAACCUGAAUACCUGGAGGCUGUGGCUCCAGAACCUAUAGCAACCACCACCGUGCAUGUUAUAACCACCGAAGUUGAUGAUUUUCCAACUGGCACACGAAAUAUUGAUGAGACGAAUUACAGCAUCAGCAGCAGUACCGUCCCCAAACAAGAAAUUCUAUCAGAGACAGAGACAAACAACAAGCCCAACGUCGAAUCUCAUUCAGGAAUUCUGCAAGAGACCGAUGCGUUGGGUACCGACUCGCCGACGACCACAAAGCGCAACACCGGCUCCUCUUCAUCCAAUCAGGAGGGUCUUAGGCUGCUGAUGCAAAUCCAUCAGGAUAAAAACGAGUUGAUGGAGUCCUUCCGCGAACUGAUGGGGAGCAACCAGUCGACGCACCCCCCGCCGCCCAAGGAAAAAAACCACGUAGACCUGUUCUUCGAGAGCGUCAGCUCCAGUGUGAAGGCUCUGUCGCCAAAGCUCAUAGCGGAGGCCAAGAUGCGCGUGUCGCAGAUCAUUUGCGAGCUGGAGCUGCGUGGCCUUAAGGAUAAUAGUACAAACGAGGAUGUCAUUGAGAUGCCCAUGGCGACGCCACCAGCAGCUAGCUUGUAUCUGCUCAGGCAGAGCAGCAGUGGAUGUGCUGUGGUGCAGCAACCACACUUUGGGGGCCUCAGCUGAAAUGUAACCCUUAAGAGAAUAAUAAAAAAAAUAGCCCAAAUUUUUAAUGAAGUUGUCCAGCA